UUGCGACAGUGUCGUAGAGCGCUUGAGGCGGGGAGAGCAUGGGGCUGUACGCGGCCGCCGCGGCGGUGCUGGCCGGCGUGGAAAGCCGCCAGGGCUCCCUCAAGGGGUUGGUGUAUUCCAGCAACUUCCAGAACCUGAAGCAGUUGUACGCUCUGGUGUGCGAGACGCAGCGCUACUCGGCCGUGCUGGACGCUGUCAUCGCCAGUGCUGGGCUCCUUCGCGCCGAGAAGAAGCUGAGACCGCACCUUGCCAAGGUGAGCGGCGGCCAGAGGCUGUUACCCGUGCGUGGCUCUCACACUUCUUUCUGGGGUCCCAGUUGAGCUGGGUCAGAUGUGACUCCCCUUGGAGCAUUGCAGGAAGGGCUAAGUAGGACGAAGGUGCAAACUAGUAGUGGCUGAGGCUACCUACCGGACAGGGUGAUGAUGGCAAGGUCGGUCGGGGUCCAGAGCUCUGCUGGCGACCUGGGGGGUGGGGUAGGGUGGGGAGGGGGAGCUUCAGGCAUGGGGCAGGACACGGGGUUUGCAGAUGGCAUUUGCUCUCGUCUCUUUACCCGCCUGCCUGGAUGCCUGUCUUUUUGUAAUGCUGGGAGAUUGAACCCAGAGUCUCCAACAAGCCAUAGAAGAGUUCUCCCACUGAGUCACACCCACAACACCUCAUUGGACAGCAUCACUAGACAGAUGCUCUAUUUUUGAGCAGUACCCCCAGCCCCUCACUGGGGGAUUCUAGGCAGGUGCUUAUUGCUGAGCUGCAAUCCCUAUUUCUUCUCUGGUGGAUACUAAGCAAGCUUCCUACCCUACUGCUGAGCCACCGCCUCCGUUGCCUCCUCUUCCUUCUCCCCCUUUCGUCCUCUUCGGUCUUUAGAGACAGGCUUUCUCUGUGUCACCCAGGCUGUUCUGGAACUCACUCUGUAGAUCAGGCUGACCUCGAACUUACAGAGAACCGCUUGUCUCUGCCUCUUGAGUGCUGGGAUUAAAGGCACCAUUACCCAGUUAGCUUGUAGUUUUCUUGCUUAUGCAUCUGAUGUUGCUGGCAUUAUGGACAUUUGCCCUAACAUCAUGCCAUUAAUUUCUUUUGUGAUCUUGGGCAAGAGAACUCUAUUGACAUGACCAUCUGGACAGGUACCUACUUCUCCCACUGGAGGGUUUUAUGGUGUUAAUAGUUUUGUGUUUUUUCCUGUCCAGGUGCUAGUGUAUGAAUUAUUGCUGGGGAAGGGGUUUCGAGGGGGUGGAGGCCGAUGGAAGGCUCUGCUGGGCCGGCACCAGGCAAGGCUCAAGGCUGAGCUGGCCCGACUCAAGGUUCAUCGGGGUGUGAGCCGAAAUGAGGACCUGUUGCAAGAGAGCUCCAGACCUGGCCAAGGUACCACGGUUCGUGCGUGUGAACACGCUCAAGACCCGCCCUGAGGAUGCAAUCGAUUAUUUCAAGAGACAAGGUUUCUCCUACCAGGGUCGGGCUUCCAGUGUAUGUUAUGUGAGGCCAUGCCUAUGCCACGUGCCUGUGGUCAGCAAACAGACUUUCAGGAAUGGGUCUUCUCUGCCCCUCUGCUGGUUCAAGGCAUUGCCUCAGGUCCUCAGACUUGUGUACCUGGAAGACUUGCGAGCUCUCAAGGGGCAGCAUUUUCUUUUGGAUCCCUUGCUGCCUGAGCUUCUUGUAUUUCCUGCACAGACAGAUCUGCACGAGCAUCCACUCUACCGUGCUGGCCAUCUCAUCCUGCAGGACAAGGCCAGCUGCCUCCCAGCCAUGCUGCUGUCCCCCCCGCCAGGCUCCCAUGUCAUUGAUGCCUGUGCUGCCCCUGGUAACAAGACCAGCUACAUUGCAGCCCUUCUAAAGAACCAGGGGAAGAUCUUUGCUUUCGACCAGGACGCUAAGCGGCUGGCAGCCAUGGCGACGUUGGUGGCUCGGGCUGGGGUCUCUUGCUGCGAGUUAGCAGAGAAGGACUUCCUGACAGUCUCUCCCUCUGACCAGCGUUACAGCCAGGUCCAGUACAUCUUGCUGGAUCCUUCUUGUAGUGGCUCUGGCAUGCUGAGCCGGCAGCUGGAGGAACAUGGGGAAGGCACACCUAGCAAGGAGCGCUUGCAGGCCUUGGCCGGGUUCCAGCAGCGGGCUCUGUGCCAUGCACUUAGGUUCCCCUCUCUGCAGCGCCUAGUCUACUCCACGUGUUCCCUUUGCCAAGAAGAGAAUGAAGACGUGGUCCAGGAGGCUCUACAGCACAACUCGGGGACAUUCAGGUUGGCUCCUGUCCUACCCACAUGGCCUCACCGAGGUCUGAGUACCUUUCCAGGGUCUGAACACUGCCUCCGGGCUUCCCCUGAGACCACGCUCACUGGUGGCUUCUUCAUUGCUGUGUUUGAACGUGCAGAGGUGGUACCAACCCCAGCCCCACAGACCGAUGCAAUGGAUCCAGAACCUCUCAGCCAAGUCCCAAAGAGAAAGAGAAGACGCAAAGCAGCAGUUGGUGCCAGCAUGCAGCCAAGCACAUAGGCACUGAGUGCCCCACAGCCAGCAGAACCAUGCUUACUGUGGGAACCCUGCUCUUCUGGGAAGGGAAGAUGAUGUCCUGGCACUCUGUGUCCCUCACUGGGCCCAGUCCUACCAGUCACGAGUUCUUCGCUUCACAAAUAAAGGGCAAACUCACAUCUAUGACAGAUCACAGUUUUAUUUUUAAUGACAUAAGCAAGAACAAUCUCACAUUCAUACUAAAAAUCUCAGCUACACUCACAGGAACUCAGUCUGUGGUGGGAAGCCCCAGCCUCCCUGUCCCUGUCCAGCGUGAGCACGGACAAAUGUGCUCACACACCGAGGCUACUCCAGGAUGCCUCCGCAGGGGCCCUGGAUACAGGCCUGCUGUGGAGCUGAGGUAAUUAGCUCAGACUGAAUUGCAGGGAGGCCCCUUCCUUACCUGAGGCACAGGUAGAGGCUUCGUGUUCAGACCCCCACCCAUCCCCAUCCUCACAGGCAUUUGGGACCUGAGGUCAAGCUCUUCUCCAGCUCCACACAACCCAGCCUAACCCCUGCCAUAAAACAUUCAAUCCCAGUCACAAAGGGAAGGGGACCAGGGACAGCUACAUCACACUGUUUAUAAAAGAAGAAUCACACUUAUACGACAUGUCUAGAAGGAGCUCUGCCCCCUUAGGGGAGCUGCUGGGGACAGCUGUGAGCCCCUCCUUCACACAGGCAUAACUAUACAGCUAAUUCUACUAUUCAAUAGCAUUUAUACUUAACCACCUCAGUGAACCAAGCUUGAAGGAAUUUUAAAGGCAAUUUAGCUUAAAUACAAAAAUAAAUUUUAUUUUGUUAAAAAA